GGACGAAUUACCAAAGUUUUAAAUAUGAAGCCACUAGAGAUUUUGGCAAUGGUUGAAGAAGCAGCUGGUACUAGGAUGUAUGAAUGCAAGAAAAUAUCUGUCCAGAAAACCAUAGAGAAGAAGGAAGCCAAGCUGAAAGACAUUCAAAUGGUUUUAGAUGAGGAGAUCACUCCAACUUUACAGAAACUGAAAGAGGAACGAACAUCCUAUUUAGAAUACCAAAAAGUAGUACGAGCGAUAGAACAUUUAAGCCGCUUCUGUGUAGCUUAUCAGUUUGUUCUGGCUGAAGAGAAAAAGGUAUCCUCUGGUGAAGUAUUAAAGAAAAUGCAGGCUGAUGUAGAGAAUCUUCAAGAAUCAAUGGCUGAAAGUGAAAAGAAGGUGACACAACUCAAUGAAGAAAUAGCAGAAAUGAAAAAGAAAAAGGAUGAGGAAGUUGGUGGUACACUCUGUGCACUGGAAGGUGAGCUUUCAGAAAUUCAGAGAGUUUAUGCUAAAGUACAAAGUGCCCUUGAACUCAAGAAGCAAAACUUAAAAAGUGAAGAGAAUAAGUACAAAGAACUGGUAAAAAGCAUGGAGGAGGAUUCUAAAGCAUUAGUGUUAAAGGAGGAAGAAGUAAAGAAGAUAGAAAAUGAACUAAAUGCUUUACAGGAACUAAGUGAAAAAGAUGCAGAUGCUUUAGCUGCAGCACAACAGCAUUUUAAUGCUGUGUCUGCUGGCUUAUCCAGCAAUGACGAUGGGGAAGAAGCUACUCUUGCUGGGCAGAUGAUGACCUGCAAAAAUGAAAUCAGCAAAGCAGUCACAGAGGCUAAACAGACUCAAAUGAAGUUGAAUUAUGCACAAAAAGAAUUAAAGACAAAACAAGCUGAAGUUAAAAUGAUGGAUGAAGGCUACAAGAAAGACCACGAAGUGCUUAAAGCUCUCAAAAAAACAAAAGAAAAACUAGAGGACCAAAUGAAGAAGCUGAACUAUGAAGAAGAGAAAGAAGCAGCCCUUCUAGCAAAAAAGAAGACUUUGACUCACGACAUUAGCCGACUGAGAGAAUUGUACGAAGGCUUAAUGGCAAAGUUUCCUCAGCUACACUUUGAAUACACAAAUCCGGAAAGAGAUUGGAAUCCAAACUGGGUGAAAGGCCUUGUCGUGUCUUUUAUCACUGUGAAACAUCUGUCCAACGCAAAAGCCCUAGAAGCGGCAGCUGGAGGGAAACUCUACAACAUUAUUGUGGACACAGAGGUUACUGGCAAAAAACUUUUAGAAAAGGGCAAACUAAAGCGUCGAUACUCCAUCAUUCCACUGAACAAAAUAUCAGCCAGGUGUGUUGGGCAAGAGACUAUCAAGUUGGCCAAAGCCUUGGCUGGUUGUGGUAAUUUGCAUUUAGCCCUUUCUCUAAUUACAUAUGAAUCUGAACUGCAAAAAGCAAUGGAAUAUGUCUUCGGAGCAACACUGGUCUGUAAUAACAUCGAUAAUGCUAAGAAAGUGACAUUUGACAAAAGGAUAAUGACGAGAAGUGUUACGCUUGAUGGAGAUACGUUUGACCCCCAGGGCACUCUGCAUGGAGGUGCGUUUCCAAAGGCUGUACCAAUAUUGUGUAAACUUCAAGAAUUGAAAGACGUUGAAGCAGAACUCAAGACAAAGGAAUCUGAACUUCAGACUAUAGAGAAUGAACUGGCAAGAUUGAAGAAUGUUGCUGAAAAGUACCGGCAGCUGAAGCAGCAGUGGGAGAUGAAGUCUGAGGAAGCGGAGCUGUUAGAGACAAAGCUUCAUCAAAGCGCUUACCACAAACAAGAGGAAGAGUUGCUUGCCCUGAAGAAAACCAUUGCGGAGUGUGAAGAGACAUUAAAGAAAACUGAAGAGAGCCAAAAGAAAGCAGAAGAUAAAUACAAGCUAUUGGAGAAAAAGAUGAAAAAUGCAGAAGCGGAAUAUGAAAAAGAACUAAAAAAUGCCCAGCAGAAACUAGAUAUUGCCAAGAAAAAGGCAGAUGCUUCAAGCAAAAAUAUGAAAGAAAAGCAGCAGGAACUUGAAGCUUCACUUCUGGAACUCGAAGAGCUACGACAAGAACUGGCCUUCCAUAAACAACAGGUAGCGGCUGCAGAUGAAGCAGUGAAAUCCUACCAGAACCAAGUUAAUGAGUUGGCAGCCGAGAUGUCUCAGAGAAAGGAAUCUGUAGAAAAAUCACAGAAGGAGCUGGCCAAGAAAAAGGAAGUAAUUCUGUUACAGGAUAAUGAAAUUAAAGCCAAAUCUGCAGAGAUAGGAAAGUACAGAGAAGAAAAUAAUGAAUUACAGCUUAAGAUUAAAGCAUUAGAACACAACAUCAGCAAACAUCAAGAAGAGACUGCUGAUGCUGCUGCCAAGGUGACAAAAAUGCUGGAAGAGUAUGAGUGGAUAGCUUCAGAGAAAUCACUUUUUGGUCAGCCAGACACAGCCUAUGACUUCAAAACUAACAAUCCUGAUGAAGCACAUCAGAAGCUGCAGAAAUUGCAGGAGAAAAAAGAGAAAUUGAAAAGGAAUGUGAACAUGAGAGCUAUGAAUAUGCUUUCUGAGACAGAGGAGAGGUACAAUGACUUAAUGAGGAAAAAAAGAAUUGUAGAGAAUGACAAGAUAAAAAUUCUUGCAACUAUUGAAGAGCUUGACCAGAGGAAAAGUGAAGCUUUAAACAGAGCUUGGAAAAAGGUGAAUGAAGACUUGGGUUCAAUCUUCUCAAUGCUUCUACCAGGAGCCAAUGCUAUGCUAGCAGCCUCCAAACCCCAGAAUAUCCUGGAUGGUCUGGAGUUAAGAGUUGCCUUAGGAAACACCUGGAAGGAAGACUUAACUGAGCUUAGUGGAGGACAAAGAUCACUGGUGGCCUUGUCCUUGAUCUUAGCCAUGCUUCUCUUCAAACCUGCCCCAAUUUACAUCUUGGAUGAAGUGGAUGCAGCCCUUGAUCUCUCUCAUACCCAGAAUAUUGGGCAGAUGCUUCGUACUCAUUUCAGACACUCCCAGUUUGUUGUGGUGUCCUUGAAGGAUGGAAUGUUUAACAACGCGAAUGUCCUCUACAAGACCAAGUUUCUGGAUGGGGUGUCCACUGUUGCAAGAUACGAUCAGUUUCAAAGCAGAAAAAAGACAGCAGAAAAAAUAGCAGCUUCUUAA